UCGCCGUGGGCUUUUCAAUGGUGGCGGCUUGCUUUUGCUUGGCGGAGGAAAGGAAAAGGAACGGCGAGGAGGAAAAGGAGCGGCGAAAAGGUUGUUAGGUUCAGGCCUUCGAUUUUCGUCGCAGUCGACGCGAGAAGGGGAAGAAUCGACGACGCGUGCCGUAGCGAUGGGAUCGGUUGGGGUGCUGACGGCGGCGGCGGACCAGAAGCUGGCGGUGGCGGAGACAGAGGAAGAGGAGGUUGAACAAGGGAGGGAGAUACACGCGGUGCUGGAUUUCGACAUGCUUUGUGCCACCGUCGCCCUCCAGACGCAGGGGUUCUCCGCGGGGAGGACGCGCUGGAAAGAGUCGGCGGCGGAAGAGGCCGAGGAGGAAGGCCUGAAGUUUGGGGGCGUGCAGAGGAUGUGGGAGGGCGACGUCAUGGAUUGCUUCGACGACCGGCGAAUCGCCAUCGAGGCCGCAUGUUUCCCAUGUUAUAGAUUUGGGAAGAACAUGCAGAGGGCCAACUUAGGGUCUUUGUUUCUUCAGGCCGCGGUGCAUUGUAUCUUUAUACUAGCUGCAUUGGUCAAUUUCAUUGCAUUCGGUAUCACCAACCAGUAUAUCUAUGUAUUUAUGGGAAUUGCUUCUAGCAUCUCAGCAGGGCUGUACUUGAGUUACUUUCGUAUCAAGAUAAAGAGGCAAUUUAACAUAAGAGGAAGUGACUCUCUAGAUGAUUGUGUCAACCAUCUCAUCUGCCCCUGUUGUACAUUGUCCCAGGAAUCAAGAACGUUGGAAAUGAACAAUGUUCAGAAUGGUGUAUGGCAUGGUAGAGGCGACACAAUAUGCUUAGUGAGCAGCGGUGAAGGAAGCAACGCAUUCCCAGGUAUCUCGAAGCCGCCUCUCCAUUGCAGCAUGGAGAGGGUAUCAGCCGGCAGCCAGCAUUCGUGGAACACAGACACAACUCAAUCCGAACAGCUAGUCCCGCCCGACCAAUUCGGUCAGAAUGGCUGAAGUACAAGCUAGUGCUGCCUCACAAAGUGAUCAGCAAUGGAACAGGUGAAUCAUUCUUUUCGAUAAGUCGAGUAUCUAAAAGAGGAGAAAGAAGCAGCUUGUCAGUGUAGUUUCAUCGACGAUGCAAAAAUAGUCGGAAAAUAUUGCAGGAAAGUGUAAAUGCUUAAUAGUAGUGAUUUCUUAGAGGUUUUCAUAAAUUAAGAUUUAAAUUUUAAACAAAAUAAAUAUUUUAAAAGUCGGUUUUUGAAUGUGUAUAAAUUUUUAUUUUAAAUUUA